AUGCCGGCAGGUCGCCUCUCACUGGGCGAAGAACAUUGGUCCUCUGCUCGGUCCAGGGCAGACAUUGCAUCCAAAGUGUUUGUGUCACAUGGAAGAGGUCCGAUGACUAUUGACGUGAGUAUCGCCAAGAAACUGAGUCAGCGAGUUGUAAGGACGCGUCCGCUAGGCCACUCGAUUAUGACGCGGGGCAAUCGCUGUAGAAUCACAAAUGCUUAG